AUGGCAUCCUACCAGACCCAUGGCUUGUCGGCUCUCCACGAUGAAAGCAAUUGUCCCGAGAUCAUCCAAAAUUUCCAAGCAGAGAAUGAGGCGAUCGCAAUCUUACAACGAGCACAACGCAUCCCCAUCGAACAACAAGGGGCAACUGCCUGGGUCGGCCUUAGGGCUGAGGAAAUUCCCUCAUCUGGGGAAUUGAUGUCCGGCCUCCCUGUAGACCAGAACACAAUUUUCUCAAAUGAGCUCGCGGCGCGCAAGUAUCGCGAGGUCCUAUUGCCGCGCAAGCAGCAGCAGGAUGAGACGAUCCCCCAAAGUCCAGAGAUGCUUCGGGCCCAUGUCAAAGUCCUCUUCAAGGCAUUCAAAUGUGUCCCCGAGACCUGUGAAGACAGCCCCCAGAUGAAGAAGGACUUCAUCAACCAGAAACAUAACAACGUGGUGGUCGAAUGUUUGUGUUGGGAGAUUUUACGUGCCUGCAUCGAACGUUCCGAGAAGGCAGAAAACCUGGUUGAGGCAUGGGAGCCAGCAAAAUUCAAAUACAAACAUCACAACUGGUCCUUCGCCGAGCGCUUCGACAACAUUGUCACGACCAUGACCAAUUCCAAAACCAUCUGUAAACAUCUAUUCGACACCCGAUACCUCUAUAGAAUUGUCGAUGAGCCCCUCACAGGCGACUGCCGUGUCAAGUCAAACCGAAAGCUCAACCAGAUGAAAGCAGAGGUCAUGAAAAGAGGGAAGGCGGCACUGGAAGAGGACGAGAAGACGGCAACACGCUGCAAAUCUGCAACAGGGAUCCCAGAGCAGGGCAGUGAAACCACAUCUUCUGCAUCGCCUCCACAACGUCGCCGUCGCACUCGCAAGCAUGCUACCACUGCCGUCCAGCAAACAAUGGCUCCUCAACCUGCUACUCAGGCAAUGAGAUUUCCAUCGUCACUGGCGACCACCACGAUGCCGACACCGCCUCUGCAUGCGUCACAGUCUCUACAACCCAUGGCUAUGCCACCUAUGACGCAGACUUCGCCUGGUCUUGUCAUCCAAAGUUCGGCAGAGCUGUUCAACACUUUCCCAACGACUCCGUCCAGAACCGGCCCUGCAGCAGCUCAACCGCUACAGCAACGCCAGAGAAGUCAUCCUCAAGGAAUGAGUUACUCCGGAUCAUCCAACCAAGUUGUUCGGCCUCCGAUGACAUAUGCCGCACCCCUUCGACCUGGUCCUGGAAUGCAAAUCUUUCCUUCGACUCAAGUCCAUCCACGAGCUGCCUCCCAGACACCAUCUUCGAUGUCGUCUGGACAUACGCAUGCCAUUACACAGGGUGAUCCAAGCUCUAGGUCGUCGGAUUCGGUAGCAAAUCUUUCACCAGAGAACAGCGUGACGUCUCAAGGUCAUAACAACACAGUUGCUCCAAUAUCAGAAGAGGAGAUGUUGUCGUCUCUGAUCAGGGUCAAAUAUCAGCAGCCAAAUUGGAAUGCCCUAGCCGGCUCAGGUCCCAAAUCCCUCGAAUCAGGCUGGAGUCAAUAUCCAGACAUCGAUCCACAUCCGGCGAUGCCAGGCAGUCAACGAGAUACUAAACUGAACCUCCCUCGAGUGACACCAACUUCGUUUACCGGAUCUGAUGAACACGAAGAUUAG